CAGAAUCCCAUUUGAGUUAUAGCAGACACACAGAGGCGAGACACUGAGUAAUUCGACCACAUUUGAAAAUACAAAGCGGGACUGAGACUACCCUGAAAGACAAGCACAAUUUCUGAGUGAAGGCAGCAGCGUUUCCCAACGUCAGCAGAAUCCGACACCUGUCAGAUGGAUCACUGCUGUUCUCCAGACACGAGAGCAGCAUUUUCAGGUGUUGUGGCUCCAGGUUGCCGGGGGACUGAUGGAUGAUGCCACCUAUGGAGCAAGAGAAGCAGUUUAAACUACAUGUCGUCAUGACGUGUCAAGACAUGGCCACCCUCGAGUCUGUUCUGAAAGACUGUGAACUCAAGUACUGCCUGCCACAAAUAUGUAAGGCCCUGCUGUCAGCUGCAUGUCUGGCAUGUCCCAAUGACCCAAUACUGUUUUUGCAAAACACUAUUUUGGCCUUCCAGGGAAAUGACAAUCUUCAGGAUGUGGACAGGCACAAGUUUGUUGCUGAUGUUGAACGGUAUGCAGCAAAAAUCCACUCACUGAGAUGGGGGACUAUGGACACUGUGGCCUACAUAGAUCCAGAUGACAACGUGCUAUCCUUUGGUUUGCUCCAGAAGGCCUACUCCUGUUACAGGAAUAACUUAACAGGCGCUUGCUUCAGGCAUUGGAAGAGUUUCACCUCGGAGAGCAAGAGAGAUGCCAGGGAGAGCGCAAUGAAAGUGGACAAAACAAAGAAGCACUUGGAUUGGAAAUGCCAGCAGGUUGCCGUCACCAAAUGGGUGAAUUGGGUAAAAUUACACAAGAAGACAAAUGCUGCUGCCGUUGAGAAACUUGAGAGAAUCGUAGGCGCGGGUCGCCUUAAACGGAUCAUUGCUGCAUGGCAUAAUGUUGCAAAGGAGUCAAAAGGAACAAAAGAGUAUUUUACGAAGUUGGAAAAGGGUUUAAUCCAACUCGAUGAGGAAGUCCAGCAGACUGGAGAAGGAUGUGACAGACUCUCCCUGCUCCCCAGCAGCCUCACAUUGAAGAUCUUUCAAUAUCUAGAAUUGCGAGACUGGCUGAAUUGUGCUGAGGUGUGUUAUGCAUGGAAAGCUGUAAUCCAGUCAGGCACACUGUGGAGUCAGAUCGACGUCUCUGUAGAGAAGGACUGGAUUACCGACUGCACAAUGAAGCAGAUUCUCCAGAACUACCAUCCGUUUGUGACCCAUCUUAACCUGCGGGGCUGCACAACACUAACAUGGCCCAGCUUGAUAUGUAUCACUGAAUGCAGAAAUCUCCAGGAGCUCAAUGUAUCGGAGUGUUUUAAUGUUACAGAUAUAAUGGUUCAGAAAAUUGUCGAGGGCUGUCCCUGUCUGCUGUACUUGAACGUCUCCUGCACACUUGUAACAAACAAAACGCUCAGGGAACUGUCCAGAUGCUGUCGCAACCUUCAAUACCUGAGUCUGGCCUACUGCGACAGAUUCACAGAUAACGGCUUUCUGUACCUGACCACAGGGAAGGGCUGCCACAAUCUCAUCCACCUCAACCUGUCCGGCUGCACUCAGAUGACUGUGGACGGGUUCCAAUACCUUUCAGCUGGAUGCCCUUCACUCAAAGAGGUUGUGCUAAAUGACAUGCCCACACUGUCAAAUAGCUGUGUCUUGGCACUACUUGCCAGAUGUCGCUGUCUGUCUGCCAUCUCUCUGUUGGAUGCUCUUCAUCUUACCGACAUCGCCUUCAAAGCCAUUGCUGAAGCAACCACACUGAAGACUUUCUGUAUAGAGGGUAACAGCCAGCUUUCAAGUGUCAGCUGGAAAGCCCUGUGCAGCAGAUCGCAAGGCCUCCAAAGAAUCCACGCUGCAGAAUGCCUCAGAAUGAGCGACAACUGCCUCAAAUCUGUGGCCACCCUCAAGAACCUGCAAUACCUGGACAUCUCACUUUGCAAAAGAGUGAGUGAUGUUGGCAUCUUUCACUUGACCGGAGUCUCCUCAGUCAACAAAUUACAAGAGUUAAAUGUCAGUCAUUGCAGCCUCAUCACUGACAUCUCUGUCAAGAGGAUCGCUGAAAGGUUGUGUAAACUACACCAUCUCAACUUGAGUUACUGUGUGAAACUGACCAACACAAGUCUGGAGUGGCUGAACGGCAGCUCCAUCUGCUCUCUUGACAUCAGCGGUUGCAACAUCCAGGAUAAGGGACUGGAUGCUGUUGAGGGAACUCACUUGAGGAAGCUGGUUCUUGCUGAGUGUGUCCACAUCACAGAUUUGGGCAUAGAGAAGCUGUGCAAGAACGUGGGAGCUCUGCAACAUGUUGAUGUGUCUCAAUGUGUAGCUCUGUCUGACCCGGCCAUCAGAGCCAUUUCAUUCUACUGCAGAAGUCUGUUCACCUUGCGAAUGGCAGGUUGUCCAAAGAUGACUGACAAUGCAGUGAAGUAUGUGACGACUGGAUCUCGGUACCUGCGAGAGCUUGAUGUGAGUGGCUGCGUUCUUCUCACAGAUCGCUCAGUACAACUCUUGGAAAGGAUCUGUCCUCCCCUCCGCUCUAUCGCGAUGACUUGCUGCUGCAACAUUUCAAAGGUGGCCGCCUUGAAGCUGCAGCCUUGUGUGAAACACUGGGAGCACAGCAAUGACUACACUCCAUACUGGUUUGGAAAUGACGUGGGCAUUGUGCAUCCAAUCACAAGACCCAUUAACACUGAUGUCACCUAGGAAAUGAUGGAGCACUCGGUGAUGACAAGCGCGUCACAUUACUGACAAUCAAGUCACAGCAACAUCAUUAUAUUCCACCAAAAUGUAUAAAGAGUGUUUUCAUCAUUUCAGAUAACCCUCAUUUAAAAUCUCUAAUUAAGCUUCACUUUUUUAUAUAUAUAUAUAUAUAUUUAUUUAUACUUUGUUGUAAGUCUAUUCUGUGUAAGUUCCCUGUGAGAGCACAGGAAACCAGAGUCAAAUUCCUUGUGUGUUUACACAUGCUUUGCCAGUAAAGCUGAUUCUGAAUACUAAUUCUAUGAUACUCAUUAGUUGAAGCAGGUACAGAUUUAGGGCACGAAUAUAAAGCUCUUUUGGGAUGAUUUUAUCAUGAAUCAGAAAUAACCGGCACGAUUUAGAGAAAAUGAUUUAACAAUUUGACAGUAUCUAGUAAGUAGAAUUUUAUGCCAAAGUCACAAUCUUCUUAUUUUGUUUUUAUUGUAUUAACAUAUCAUACAAAGGGCAGUCACAAGCAGCAAAAACAAUGAUGUGAACAAACUCCAUGGUUUCAAAUUUAUAUUCAGUACAAACCAGGUUAUAUUAUAUGCUUCCUAAUCUCGUGGUACAGUAUGUACAGUGAUUUUUUUCAGGGAAUAUUUGUCAAAUGCUAUGGAUGUAGUUAACUCAUUGACAGCACAGUGCAUCCUGAGCAGAGUUAAAGGUACAGUAUCUCUAAGUGUAAAGCCCCGGUGCAGUGAUGCAGAAUUAUAACAAAAAAUCCUGUCAAUCAAAACCCAGCUCAUCUCCCCAGCUUCAGCGACUCAAACCAGCUCUGAGUCUUCAGUCUGACGGAGCCUUUGUCGGCCCGUGCUUUAACCCACCGGUCCACUGGCAACGCUCCAUUCAUACAACCUGAGAGAAACACAGGAGAUGUUUGUGGAGUAUGUAACGGAAAAUGAGAGGUAUUUGUUGGAAGGUUUAUUUAUUGAACCAUGUCUUGAAGUGUGAUAUAAUGGCCUACCAGUAACUGUGGUUUGGCCUUGAGAUGUGUUGUUCUGUGCUUCAUGCAGAACAACAUCUGGGCUGAUUUCCACCGAAGCCCCACAGAGGUCCACCCCUGCUCUCAACGAGGAUGGGACACGCAGGCACACCGCUCCUACGUGAGACAGGAGGACAAGAUUAUGACUGGGAAAGAUAACUGGUUAAUAGAAUGAUUGCGCUCCUCACACUGUUUACCUCCCUCGCUGUGGAGUUGUGCACUGCCACCGUCUCCCACAUAGACGUCGAUGCCUCCGUUGUGAGAGGAAACAGUCAGGAAACUAUUAGAACCAUCUGCAAAAGCAAAGCAAGCAUCACAUGUUUUGAUUAUUAACCAGCCACUGAUAGAUACCAUACGUGGGACAUUGUUUAAUCAGUCAGUCUGCUUACCUAUGACUGUAUCUCCGGACAUGUUCUUCACCGAGGCUUCACCUUUUUAAAUCAAUGGAAGCACAAGCUCAGUAUUAACCAAUAUAACUAGCUGUAAGUUACUAGGUAAAUGGAAAUGGUAUAGACUGAGGAGAAUCUGGCAAGGACACAGUCCCUGACACGUAAUGCACAUAUCACGAACCUGAAUCUCUGAUAAUUGUUUCCAUGUUUUUCUAUGACGAGAAGCUCAUUUGUGUCGGGAACAGAUUCAAAUUCAGUGUGGAUGACGCAUUCUUCACUCUUCACAUCGUGUCAUAAGGCAGUUUGUCUUUGUUAUCCAAUCUCUCCUUCAAACUAUUUUUUUUUUUUUUUACAACCAACCUGUCUUAUAGAUGCCUCAAAACAAACAAGUACAGAAUAUAUUGAUAAUUGCAACCACGUUGCCGUUAAAUUGAUUCUGUUGGAUCAGCGCCCAGGAUUCCAGGCGUACCAAAGUCCUGCUUUACCAACCAGUUUAACACAAGGCAACUGUGUCAUAAUGGCUGGUGGGAGGGUUUUUGAACGUUUUGAUCCAAAAUGCCAGGAUGAUCUGCACCAGACACAGGUUGUGUGAGCUUUAACUCAACUUAAGUGCAAUUGGCUGUGAAUCAAAGAUUUGGUGGUUUGUUCCCCUCCUCCUCCUGUCCCCAUGUUGACGUGUCCUUGAAAAAAUGCUCACCUCCCUAAAAAGAAUUGGAUUUAUUGGGAACAAGUUGACAUUAUCAAACUAUCACAUGUUAGAUUUAUUUUUUUAAAGGAAAUAUAUUUUUGCUGUGUUCAGUAAGUAAAGUCUACAUCUACAAACUAGAUAAAAGAUAAAGCUGUCAAUGUGGAGUGAAGACUAAUAUAACACUCAGAAGUAUUAACAGUACUUCAAAAUCAGUAGAGUAAUUUAAUCAAUGUACGUAGUUGGUUUUCCACCACUGGUGCAUCACUCUGCACUGAAGUUUGGCCGCAACACUGACCGACACAAACAGCAUACAUAUAUACAUACAUACAUUGUGGAUAUAUAAACUAUGUUCGCUUUGGUACAGUUGAGUGAUGGACAGUUGAGUGAUGGACAUUUGAGUGAUGGAUGCUGCUGUUAGCUCACCAUGCACAUGCCCCAGCUGUACUCUGCCAGAGCUGGAGGAGAUGCAGCUGGACUCGGCGUAGAUGGCCUUGACCUGCAGAGGGCCGUGCUCUGUCGAGACAUUCAUCCUGGUGCCCUGGAGCUUCUUGACAUCCACUUCCUGCAAACAAACAGCUGAUCACUGCACAUGGCUGUGGCCAGCCAGGUCGACGGACACGCUGCUGUUCAGCCUCUCGGCGGAGAUGAGCAGCUCUUUGGUCUGAUCGUCGUAGUGGACGAGCACGUGAUCCAGACCGACAUCCCGCUCGGCGUCUGCCCCGUGCACCGUGACGAAGGCUCGGUCAGCCUCCGGGAAGGUGUGCGGGUCCAACGGGCGGAUGGAGAUGCUGCAGGCCAGCCGCGCCCGCACCGCGCUGAACGGGCUCACGGCCAGAGCCCACUGCUUCAGGGGCCGCUUCGGCUCCUCCGGUGUCGGAGAUUUCGCGGGGGCGGUGACGGAGAAGGAGCGUGAGGUGUGCAGAGGGCACCGGGGGGUGACUGUGAGGGACCAGCAGCGGAGGAGUCCGACAGGUCCCCGCUGACCUGCCGAGAACCAAAACAUGUCGGUCACCCUGCGAUGAACCGGCUCAUUCACACUUCACACGGCUGCUGGUUCAGUCAGUCAUCAACACAAGCCACCGAACUGUGGAGAGUUGCCGUUUGGUAACUCGCGCGGUCACAACGACGUCAAGUUUGUUACACUGACACAACAAGGCAUGACUUCCGGUUUGAGUUUUCAGACUAAAAGUCUAAAAACUACGAUUUACAAUUUCAAUUUGAGCAAAAACAAGCAAAUGUUACUGCAGGAACAUGUGUUCAGCCAGUGCUAUUAAUUGUAAGUCCUCUAAAAAUAAAUAUAUGAAUGAAUGUAAACUGGAGAGUAUGUCGACAGAAAAAUUGUUUUAAAAAAGUUUAAAAGAAUAAAAGUUUAUUUAGAGUCAAUGCAACAGCCAUAAACAUUUUCUUGAAUGUGAAUAUAAAUACCGUGAAUAGCA